UAUAUAUAUAGCCGCUAUAAAAUAAAAUAACGUAUAAACCGAUUUGGUACGGUUCGCGGCUUUAAAUCGAGCAGGCGUUUAGCUCGUAAAGAGCGUUUAAAAGUGCGGCGACGUACUAAAACCGAGAGAGAGAGAAUCAGAGAAUAAAGAGAGGAGAAAAAUGGGGAAGAAAGCGAAAGCUAGGCCGAAAACUAAGAAAGCAACGACGUGCGAAAAAUUGAAAACUCGGAUUCAGAAGACGGAGCAAACGAUUCUUUGUAGAAUACAACAAGUAGUGGAGCAGGAGGAGGAAUCUUGCGAUAAAAGUCGUGAUUCGAGUGACUCGGAUCGCAUGCUGCUUCGCGGUACAAGAAAUACCUCAAAAAAAUCAUCCUCGCCGAAGAGAGAUCCCACAUUUUUCCAUGCAAACGUUCUCAACGAAGACGCUAUGCGCGUCAACUACAGGUGCUAUUGUCAACAUUUUUUACACGUACCACGUAAUUUGCCUCGACCGUUCAGCAACGGGACAUCUACCUUAGAGCGAUGCAAUGAGGAGUUGAGUUUCGUUCAGGCUAUUGUCUGGUUGAAAUCUGCCAUCGUCUGUGCCUCUCAAAUUCCAGCCGAGCACGUGCAACAGAUAUUUGACAGACAGUGGGAUGCACGCGGUAAUCGUCACCGCGAAGAUGAGCGUACUGAUGUUGAAGAACAAUCAACAUCUCCCGUAUCUGACGGAACAAACCUGAGGGAUACUUUCGCAACGUCAACUCCUCUCAAUAUUUCCAACGUAUGCGUUUAUACUCCUCAAAGAGCUGUCUUUAACUCUAGAUUUGAAAAUACACCGGAAAAUAAGCUAUCUUGGACACAAUGGACACACGCAAGUUCCAACACGUAUCGCAUCACGAGAGAAAAGGAAAAAGAAGUAAGAUCCUACAUAAUUCCAGAAACGGAUGUGGAAUCGAUCGUAAGUGAAGAGGAAGAGGAGGAUGAAGAAGAUUUUGAUAUGACUAAUUAUGGCAUACCUGAGCAUCAGUGCUUUGAAUUUGAAAACGAUGUAGGAUGCUCAGUGCAGAGAGGAUCGACAAGUGGUAUUGAGCAGAUGAACAAGAUUUUCCAAAAGAACCACGCUGACGUUCCGAGUGAAUGUAAAUUUAUUUUACCAGCGAGAAACCUGCAAUCUAUCGACCCAAUAUUUGAUUUGGAAAAUAAUUUUAAUAGAGAGUGCUUCAUCUCAACGAGAAACGAAAAUUAUUUAGUUGAUAAGGUGCCAGAAUCUGACGGCAGUCCGAAAAGCUUGGUUAUAACUGAAAAAGCCGUGUCUCAAAUGUCAAAUGUUAACCCUGACAAAUAUUUCGACAUUCUACUCGAUAGCACUGGUAAUAGUCCCGCCUUGCGGAUGAGCAAUACCAUCGCUGAAUAUCCAAACGAGGACAGUGCGUACAGUACGUCACGUUACGAUAUAUUUAAUUACGAUGGCGCGGUAGAAGCGAGAUCUAUUGCCGGUAAUAAACGUUUAUCGGACUCCGAAUAUUAUUCUAAAUUGCAACCAUGCAAAAAAAAGACAAUUACAUACGAGACAGGGAAGAUCUCCUCUUCGAUUGACGGGAUGUCGACAUCCAGCAAUGGCAGUCUUGAAAGUUUCGUAAGUGCAAAAGACAUUUUUCAAAUAUCAGAUGGUUAUAAUGAUGAGGAUUCCGACGUUCAGAUCGUCAAUUACGAUGAGCAGAUAAACGAUAGCACCUCUGGAAUUUUGGAACAUGAUGCUGCAGUGGCAGCCGCGGAGUCUAUCGACGAUAAAUGCACACCGAACAUCGAGCAUCGUUACGAACCACAUCCUGCUCGCAACGAAAAGACACGUACAUCCGAGAAAACGACGGCUUCUGCUUCCAUAAUACAAGGAGCUGUAAUACCGGAUACUAAUAUCGGACAUCGUUACAAUUUGCGACCUCGUAAUAACAAAAAGAUUAGCUUCAAGAAAGAGGCCCAUUCUUCUAUAAUAGGGAAAUCGGGACGAGCACGGGAUCUAUUAGAGAAAGAAAACGAAAAUGAAGACAAAAUUAUUUCUGCCGACUGGUUGAAUUUGACUCUAGAGUCGCUACGUAUAGACCGUGUAAUCACCGAGUCGACUAAAGUGAUUCUCUCGACGCUUUGCGAUAAGAAAACGAUGGAGGAAUACGUGAUGAAGAAACGGCAGAGGAAUAUUUAUUGGAAAGAUAGUUUGGAAGAGGAAGCUGUGAACACGGUACUGAAUAUAUCUGAUAUUUUUACAAAAGAGAAGAAGCCCAACAUAUGCAUAAAAGUAAUCGUGACAGCAAUAGUCAAAACUCUGAAUGAGAUAAUGCGUGAAAACCAGACAAGUUUUACCGAGACAUCCAUAUGGAUAUAUCGUGUACAAAUAAUCCUGGAGUUUUGUAACUCAUUGCCGAUAUGCGUCAAGGUAAUCGAUUACUUGGUGACGAAAUUAAAAUCGCUUCAGUCUGUGCUGACCAAAAAUGAGGGGAAAAUUCGGAAAAACACCCAUGUCGUGAUAAAUCACGUGCAUUUGGUAUUUUACGCGUUAAACAUCGCUUUUGGAAAAUAUCGUACAAUUAUACCGAGCGACCAAAGAUCUCGAUUUGUGGAAAAAAUUAUACCUCAUGUCGCGGAUCUUUGGAAAUUACGAUACAUUGACAAGGAACUUGAAUAUAUAGGUUUAGACUUGGAUACUGCGGAGAAGCGAUGGUUAAAUGCUUUGGAAAAUAGUGCGGUAGUUUUCACGAAGCAUUAUUUUGUACAAUUCGCCGAAAAGUCACUUUCGCUAGUCCGUCGUGCUAAUCUCGCAAUCUAA